AUGACGACCACCCGUCAACAACUUCCUCCGCUCGCCAGCGACGCUCAAUACAACCGCCCGCAUGCCUCAUCAGAAUCACCAGCAGCAUCACCGCGGAGUACUCGCCACACAUUCAUGGAAGCCGUACAACCGACCUCGCCCGGCUCAUCAGAGGGAUCCGCCUAUGACUAUCUGACAAGCCACGCCCCUUCAUCCGCCUACCACCCAUAUGCCCGACAAGAAUCGCGACGCGACGCCUAUCGAUUUCCAUCCCGAGGCCCCGCAGCGCCCCGCACACCACCAGAGAUCCAGUCGACAUCAGGAACAGAGGCGAAGUCCUCAUCAUCCGGAGGCACACGAGGCACAGGACAGAAGAACAAAUACCCAUGCCCUUACGCAGCCAGUCACGGGUGCUCUGCUACAUUCACAACAUCCGGGCAUGCAGCGCGUCAUGGAAAGAAACACACCGGCGAGAAGAGUGUGCAUUGUCCGAUCUGCAACAAGGCCUUUACCCGCAAAGACAACAUGAAGCAACACAUCCGCACGCACCGCACGCACUCGGACGAAAUGCGCUCGACGUCCGAGCCGGAAGCAGACCCGCGCUGGACCGCCGCGAGACCCGAGUCUGGCUAUACCUCUGCGCAUAAUCGGACCGUCAGUCAGUCCACGGAUGCGAGCAAUGCCAGUGUGAUGCCUCCGCCGGGCGCUCGACUUAAUCAGCAUCAAUCCUGA